AAUCAAAAGCGACAUUCAGCUGUGAAAGAUUUUCGACGACAAUGAAGUUCUCCGUGAAUUCUUUUAUUUUCGUUACUUUGACGAAUCUUCACAUAUUCGUCUCCUCAGCUGCAUCUAAACCUAAUAUUUUGUUUGUUUUGGUGGAUGAUCUUGGAUGGAGUGACGUAGGCUUCCAUGGUUCGAAAAUUCAAACUCCAAAUGUUGACAAGUUGGCAAACGAAGGAGUCAUUCUGGAUAGUUAUUACGUUCAACCGAUUUGUUCUCCAACAAGAGGAGCGUUGAUGUCCGGAAGAUACCCGAUACAUCUUGGAAUGCAGCAUGGAAUUGUUCAUACUGGGUGUCCAUUUGGUCUGCCUUUGAAUAUCACCACACUACCACAAAAACUCAAAGAAGUUGGAUACAGCACCCACAUGAUAGGCAAGUGGCAUCUUGGUUUCUACAACUGGGAGAGUACCCCUACCUACCGUGGCUUUGAUACCUUUUAUGGGUUUUACAAUGGAGCAGAGGAUCAUUACACGCAUGUUAUAAGUCAUUUUCUUGAUUUCAGAGACAACAAAGAAAUUGUCAGGGAUAUGAAUGAGACUUACUCUGUUAAUGCUUUUACAAAGCGAGCUGAGCAAAUUGUCAAAUCACAUGAUGCCCAAAAUGGUCCUCUUUUCCUUUACAUGGCAUUCCAAAAUGUCCACUCUCCAGUCCAAGCUCCCAAACAACAUGUGGACAAGUACUCCUUUAUAAACGACACAAUAAGACGGAGCUAUGCUGGGAUGGUGGAUAUCAUGGAUGAAGCAGUUGGUAAUAUAACAGGUGCAUUCAAGGAAGCCGGGUUAUGGGACAACACGUUGAUGAUCUUUAGUACUGACAAUGGUGGGGUGCCAAAAAAUGGUGGCUAUGACUACCCCCUGAGGGGACCGAAGGACACUCUGUGGGAAGGAGGAGUCAGAGGGGUGGGGUUCGUACAUGGAAAAAUGCUAUCUAGGAGUGGGGUGAAAUCUACCGGGCUGAUUCACGUGACCGAUUGGUAUCCAACAUUGGUCAAUCUUGCUGGUGGUUAUCUUAAUGACGAAGAUCUGCCCCUUGACGGUCAUGACGUAUGGAAAACCAUUUCAAAUGGCGAAGCUUCUCCGCGUACAGAGAUCCUUCACAAUAUAGACACUCCCUCUUUCCCCGACACAGAACUUGGUUUUGCCUACCAGGGCAUAGGUCUCCGUGUAGGAGACAUGAAACUUCUCAUGGGAGUUCCCAAUAUUUCAUACUUCAUCCCUCCGGAAGAAAGAAACAUUUCUGAGGUGAACUCCGUGACCGACCAGGAUUUGAAUGAUCCCCCAGUUCCCACUAUCAAUGUUGCGCUGUUCAACGUCACCGCUGACCCGUAUGAGAAGAAUGACCUCAGCAAAAAGUUCCCAGAUAAGGUGAAGGAGCUUCAAGAUCGAUUGGAGUAUUACAUGAAGGGGUUAGUGCCGCCUGCUAACAAGCCAAGUGACCCAAAAGCAAGGAGAGUAGCAAGGGAGAAUGGAGCAUGGACUCCGUGGAUGUGAAAAAUCAACGAAAUGGAACGACUUACACUAAUUAUUAUGCACGUGAUCCUUGCACUGAACACCAUAAUUUUCAUUAAUUUUUUGGGAAACCACACUAGCGGUUCUCGGAGUUGAAGCGAGGCUUGGUUUGCAAACAAUCAUGUGACAAAAAUGAAUUUUCACAAAAUCUGCACGAAAAAAAAAUUUCUGUUUUCAUUUCACGUAGGAAUUUAAUUAAGAAUCACUUUAUGAAAGUGGUCCAAAUUUCAUAGUAAUUUGGAUAUAUCAACAAAGUUGAAAUGGUAAAUUGGCCACCGUAACGAUUACAAGAGCUGACGUUUCGAGC